CAGAUGGAUCCUCUCUGAGUAACAGGCUGUGAGCUUUUCUUGCCACGAUCUUUAACCUCCUUUUUUUGCUAAUAUUCAGCAUCUGACAGCAAGGCAGGACAGAGAUGCGAAUGAGAGAAAAUACAUUUAUUUGUCUGUUUUGGCAUUAAAACGUCUACAGGACUGCUGUGGAACAGUGAUAGAUGCACUUGUAUCUUAACAAAAAGGUUGAGGGUUUGAUCCCUGGCUCAUAUGCCAAUGUUGGAGUGUUGCUUUCAUUUUAGACAUGUUUUGAAGCCCUUGAUUAUCACUGAUUUUUAUGGUUUAACCUAGGGAGUCCUAUGAGAGUUUUACUGUAAAAGCUUUGUAUUUAUAUAAUAAUUGGAGAUCUGCAUGGUGGUUCAGUGGUUAAUGCUGUUGCCUCACAAGAUUCUUGAUUGCAGAGACUCUGUGUGGAGUUUGCAUGUUCUCGCUGUGGGUCCACUAGCAGUCUAAAGACUUGAUCAUUUGCAGUGGUUUACUCAAGUAUAUAGAGUAUACCUGCUUAUAUUUAAGUUUCCAAAAUUACUCCAAGAGUGCUUCAACGACACAGCCAGUAGGUCACAAAAGAACCCAGAACGACAUCUAAAGACCUGCAGGCCUCACUGGACUCAGUUAAGGUCAGAGUUCAUGACUCAACAGUAAGAAGAGACUGGUCAAAACGGCAUCCAUGGGGGAGUUUCAAGGCCAAAACCACUGCUGACCAAAUAAGGAGGCUCAUCUCAAAUUUGACAACUUGUAGAUCCCCAAGACUUCUGGGAAAAUAUCCCAUCAGUUUGUGACCUCAACCUCAAGCCCACUUGAGUUAUGCAGCAGGGAAAUUAUCCCAAACACACCAGCACUUUUCAUACAGGGUCGGGCAGGUUUGGAUGGAUUUUUUCAUCUUAUAAAUGAAAUCAUCAUUUAAAACGGCAUUUUGUAUUUACUCUGGUUACCUUUGUCGAAUAUUAGAAAUUGUUUGUUGAUCUGAAACAUUUCAGUGGGAUAAAUAUGAAAAAAAGAAAGAAAGAAAGAUAUUAGGAAGGGGUAAACACGUUUUCACAGAGCUGAUUCUCCACAAGAGAUGUGUGCUUGUUGUUGGAGCUGUCAGGUGGUUGUUGUUGUCCUCCUCUCCAGCAGGUGUCGCUGUCAAUCUGGUGACACUUUGCGUUUCAAAGUAAAGCGAGAGGCGCGUGAGAGGAGAGGAGAGGUUUCUGCCUGAUGGAUGCUGGUGGUUCCUGAUGCUAGAUGUUGAUGAGGAAAACCACACAGGAUGGGAUUAAGAAGAAAGUAAACCUUUAAAUGGUGUCAGCAGGCGAGUAGGAGGCGGAAUAUUUUAAAUCAGAAUACAGAUGACAGAAAGUUGUUUUUUAUUUAAGGUUAAAUCCAAUUUUCUUCUCGUGUAACUAUGCGUAAUUUUAAGCUCCUUGGCGAGUUUGUGCGUAAAAGUGCGCGUGUCUCCCUGGCGCACCGCGCUCGCUGUCCGCACCAUCCUCAUCCUGAUCUUCACCGGAUCUAGAGCCGAUCAGCAGCAGCUGCACAUCAGCCGUCAAGCCGCCUAAAAACAUGGCUGUGCUGCUCCGUCACACCCUGAGGACCUCCAGUCCUCCUUUCACGGCGGUUCUGGUCGUGUUGUUCCUCAUUCUGGUCUCGGCUUCCUCUGCGAGUCGUGAUGUUGUUGGAGGAAACAACGAGACGAGGAGAAAUGCAGUGCCAGAGGAGGAUCCCCAUCAUCAAACUAACUCCACCACUCACAAGAAGGCUUUCCCCGUCCUCUCCUUCAACUUCGAGUACGUCAGGAAGCCCUUUGAGAUCUCUCUGUGGAUCCUCCUGGCCCUGCUCAUGAAACUUGGUUUUCACAUUAUUCCUCGAGUGUCAGGCAUCGUCCCGGAGAGUUGCCUGCUGAUCUUUGUUGGUCUGCUGGUGGGCGGCAUCAUCAAAGCCAUCGGAGUGGGCGAAGAAGGAGAAAAAGAAGCCCCCAUCCUCGACUCAAAGCUCUUCUUCCUCUAUCUCCUUCCUCCCAUCAUUCUCGAUGCCGGCUACUUCCUGCCCAUCCGAGCCUUCACGGAGAACCUGGGCACUAUCCUGGUAUUUGCCGUGGUUGGGACUCUGUGGAACGCCUUCUUCAUCGGCGGGAUGAUGUAUGCUGUAUGUCAGAUUGAAGGAGCGAGGCUGGGCAGCGUGGACCUCCUGUCCUGUCUGCUGUUUGGAUCCAUCAUUUCAGCCGUGGAUCCUGUGGCUGUGCUUGCCGUGUUUGAGGAGAUCCACAUCAAUGAGCUGCUGCAUAUCCUCGUGUUUGGAGAGUCGCUGCUCAACGACGCCGUCACAGUGGUUCUGUAUCACCUCUUUGAGGAGUUCUCUCAUGCUGGGACUGUGACGGUGGGCGACGCCAUCCUCGGUGUGGUCUGUUUCUUCGUGGUUUCACUGGGAGGAAUCCUGGUGGGAGCCUUCUACGGCAUCCUGGGUGCUUUUACGUCCCGCUUCACAUCUCACACCAGAGUCAUCGAGCCGCUGUUUGUCUUCCUCUACAGCUACAUGGCUUACCUGUCGGCUGAGGUCUUCCACCUGUCAGGAAUCAUGGCGUUAAUAGCGUGUGGUGUGAUGAUGCGGCCUUACGUGGAAGCUAAUAUCUCCCACAAGUCGUACACCACCAUCAAAUAUUUCCUGAAGAUGUGGAGCAGUGUGAGCGAGACGCUCAUCUUCAUCUUCCUCGGCGUUUCCACAGUGGCCGGUCCCCACGACUGGAACUGGACCUUCGUCAUCGUCACCGUCAUCCUCUGUCUGGUGUCCAGAGUGCUCGGCGUCAUCGGCCUCACCUACAUCAUCAAUAAAUUCCGUAUAGUUAAACUGACCAAAAAGGAUCAGUUCAUUGUGGCCUACGGUGGCCUGCGAGGAGCCAUCGCCUUCUCCCUUGGGUUCCUGCUGCCAAAAAGCAAUUUCAAGUACUUGUUCCUCACUGCCAUUAUCACCGUCAUCUUCUUCACCGUCUUCGUGCAGGGAAUGACAAUCAGACCUCUGGUGGAGCUUCUGGCUGUGAAGAAGAAGAAGGAGAGCAAAGGGUCAAUAAAUGAGGAGAUUCACACACAGUUCCUGGAUCAUCUCCUCACAGGGAUUGAAGACAUCUGUGGUCAUUAUGGACAUCAUCACUGGAAAGACAAGCUAAACCGCUUCAAUAAAGCCUAUGUGAAGAAGUGGCUAAUCGCAGGCGAGCGCUCCACCGAGCCUCAGCUCAUCUCCUUCUACAAUAAGAUGGAGAUGAAACAGGCCAUGAUGCUGGUGGAGAGCGGGAGCUCCGCCAAGCUGCCUACCAUCGUGUCGUCUGUCUCCAUGCAAAACAUUCAGCCCAAAGACGGAGGCAGACGCAGAGCCAUCCCAAGCAUCUCAAAAAGUCGUGAACAAGAAAUAAGAAAGAUCCUGCGAGGAAACCUGCAAAAGACCAGACAGAGGCUUCGCUCUUACAGCAGACAUGACCUCUUCAACGACCCGUUUGAGGACAACGUGAGUGAAGUUCGCUUCAGAAGGCAGAGGGUGGAGAUGGAGAGGAGGAUGAGUCACUACCUCACAGUUCCUCCAAACCGCCAGGAAACGCCCUCAGUGAGAAAAGUCAACUUUGAACCAGAAAACCAGGUUUUCACUUAUAACGACAGCGACAGCCCCAGUGGCCCGGCAGCUCAGACUCUACCUGGCCCUCCUGAUGCCCUCAGCCUUUUAAAUGAGUCCCCGCAGAGACCCAAUCAGAGCAAGGCACAGAGGGAGAAGGAUCCAGAGAAACAGGAGGAGCAACAAAAACUUCCUCGCUGCCUCAGUGACCCCGGUCCAAACCAGGAAGAGGAAGAGGAUGGGUCCAGACAUUCCUGAUGAAGCACAUGUUUACAUAUUCAGCCUGAGUGUACUCUCCUGAGAGUUGUAGCACAGUUUAGUAUUUAUGAAAUUACAUCGCCAAAAGUGUUAUUUUUUCAGUGUUUUGAGUUUUAUGAUAUAAAUUUAUUUAAAAUUAUUUUAAGGAAUUUUGCAUAUUUUUUAGUUCCUUGAGUUCAAAGGGAUUUUUUUUACAUGUAAUACAUCGCCAAAGCAUGCAGCACUGAGCAUUUGCUAUUUCAGGCCUGAACUGAGCUAAGUGUCAGAUCUCUGUCUUAACAAGCAGGCCUGUGUUAAGAGACAGAGCGCUUGUUUUCCCAGACUUGAAGCACCAGAUGGGUGGAGAUAACCCCUGAAAAGCACAGUAUGAAGGAUGUGUUAGAAAUCAAAAGAUAAAUAGUCUUGGUCAUUAUUUUAGGUACAGUAUAAUCCUUUCAUACACAUGUCUGCUUUGGCGUGUCUGUUAACAACAAGAAACUCAAGAAGGAAGGAAGCCAGGGGAUAAAAAAAGAAGAAAAAGGUUAAAAGAUGUUUUGGUUGCCACUGGUUUUGCUUGAUUGGUAGAGUUUGCGUCUAUAAACAGAGGCUGUAGUCCUUUCACUGGGGUCGAUUACUGUCCUCAGCGCUGCUUGGUGCAUGUCUUCCCCCGGUCUCUCUCCCCAUUUCCUGUCUCUCUUCAGCUGUCCUAUCAAAAUAAUGGUAAAAGCCUAAAAGUAGCUUAAGAAAAACUAUUUGGGGGGCUUUUUUGCCUUUAUUUGGAUAGAAAAGCAGAGGAAAGACAGCAAAUAUGGAGGGAGAGAGUUGGGGAAGACAUACACCAAACAGCAUAGAGACGAGAAAUCGAGCCCAUGACCAGCAUGUCAGGGAUAUAUGCGUACCUGUGGUACCUGCUAAGCUAAACCAUCAGUUAAAGUGAUGCUGUUUUAAACCAGUUAGACAACAAAAUAGAUUGGUGUACCCAUUAUUACCAGGUAGAGGGCCAUAGCUGCCUUUUUUUUCAUCUCUAGCUGAAAUGAUAGUGCUUGUGCCACUUUUUAAAUAGAAAAAUCUUCAUUAUUUAAACGUUACAACCCUAUAAUUAAAAAUGAUAACUUAUUGAAGAAAAAUAAAGAAAUAGGUAUUUUGCAUUUUUAUUGUCAGAGAAUCAAAACAAAAGCAUAUUUAGUCAUAAAUUGACAUAAGUCUUUGUAUGUCUUUAUAGAAACUAGAAAAUCUUAGAAAAUAGCGCUAAGUCAUAUCAUAUUUUAUUCAUAUCCUACCAUGAGUGUUGCAGCCCUGUCCUUUGGCCUUUUUCUUUUGAUUAAUAGUUAAGCUUUACAAAAGAGAGAAAUCUGAAUAAAACUUAAAUCUGUGUUUACAAAAUUAAUCAAAAUUAGAUUAAAAGGCUUUCACCACUGACAGGUAUCCAAUAUAGCCAUAAUAAGUAAAACCAAACCAUAAAAACUAAACUGAAACGAAGAAUUUUUGCAAAAUAAAAACUAAACAAAAAAUCAGCAGUAAAAAUAAUUUUAACUGAAUUGAAAUUGCACAUAAAAGUAAAAACCAAAUAAUAAUUUAAAAAGAUGAAAAAUCUGAAACUAUUAUUACGUUUGCCUGUACUUCUCCAUUUCCACACCAGGCAGUGCUGCUGUGUUAAAUCUGUAAACAAUUUUGACAAGACAAGAAAAAUUUAUUGAUAAAUUUAUUGACAUAAUUUUUUUACAACUAAAUUUGGACAAUUAUUAAACAUGUGAACAGCCAAAAUAAUCAGUUCUAGUUUCCUAAUGUCACAAUAAAUGAAGACAAAAGCGUUACAGAAAAAUCUGCCUCAUCUGAAGCCUGACAAACAAAACAUAUCUUGUCUUCUUAUUGCUCCAACAGUCCUGUUAAGUUUGGCAGCUUUGUGCAGCUUACUCUUGUUUUGUGUCUAAAUGUGUGUUAUCAUCCUGACUUGGGAUGGAGCCCACCAUGGCCCGCUGAAAUAGGAUUUUGCCACCCCAAAAUCCUUAAAACCCUGCCUUAGAGUGACUUGUAAACAUGAAUUUUCUGUAUAUCAGUAAAAAAAAGCACAGAUCUGGGGAAAAAAGAGCAUCGAGUAACUUAAAAUUGAAGACCUAACUGCAGGCCCCGAGUUCUGUGAACAAGCUUUAGCUGUUUUUCACAUCGCUGCAUGACUGAUAGGUGUUUUCUCAGGGACUGCAACACGGCUUAGUAUCAACAAACAGCCUCUGCAGAAAGAAAACUAUUGCUUCUGUCCAAACUGCGCUCCAAUGCUGCAGUAUUUACAAUGUGUCUGUUUUGUACGUGUUUGAAUUGUAAGAGCUUCUAAAACAUUCCAGCUAGUCUGUGGAAGCUCAUCAUGUCUGCGUUCCUGUGACUGAGCAUGCUGCAGGACUAUUAAUCCCUCUUUCAUAUCUGCACUUCACAGCACUGAACUGCCUGAGCUUUUGCUGCCUUAAAAUGUCUUUGCUUUCUGUGUGUUUACCACUUGAAAUAUUUUUAUAUUCAUGAAAAAAGUCUUCAUGUUAUGAAAAUUGCAAAUGAAGAAAAGCUUUAAUACCUGUCUGAAAUAAAAGAAAUGUCAUUGCCUAAGUAAAAA